GAUCCAUCUACUCCUCCUCAAUGGGUCGAGUUAAUCAAUAUGCUCCGCCACAGUCGACUUCAAGUGGGGUAAGCUUUAGGAUAGUGUGCAGAUAUCGGUCAACUGCGUGACUCAAUUGGCGGAGGAGGUUUCAAGCUAGAUGGUAGGUGCUGUUAGAGCGGAAUACCAUUUCAGAAUGGCGCUUGUUCUUGCAGCUGUAAUGUCAGGUUUUGCAAAGUAUGGCCGCGGAAUGAGUUCCUGCUACCGGCCAUAGUACCAGUAUAAAUCCGAACGUGUCCGCAUGGCUCUUUCUGCACUACUGAGGAGCUUUCUCACAGUUUGCCUACCGUUAUUCAAGCCACCUGUUGGCUGAUCGACUGUGGUGCGCAACAUGGAGAAUUCUUUUGACUACAUUAUCUGCGGGGGUGGCACCUCAGGAUGCGUAGUUGCCGGUCGCCUGGCUGAGAAUCCGCACAUAACAAUUCUUCUUAUCGAAGCUGGACAGCAUAAUAAAGAUCUCGAGAAUGUCCAUAUGGUUGGCGGCUGGAGUAAUCUGCUCGACUCUACGACAGACUGGAACAUUGUCACUCCGCCCAUGCCCAACGUCAAUAAUCGGCAAGUCAAGCUCAGCAGGGGCAAAUUCCUAGGAGGUUGCAGUGGCUGCAAUGGGACAGUUUGCAUACGCGGCAGUAAGCAAGAUUACGAUGACUGGGGUCUGGAUGGGUGGAGUGGCAAGGAAUUCUUCAAGUACAUGCAGAAGGCCGAGACGUUUCAUACUAAACCCUGGUUUAAGGCAUCCGAUCAGCAUCAUGGAAACUCGGGUCCGCUCCACGUCGAACCACAUGAUCUCGCGCCCAUUUCAGAACGCGUCAUGGACUCUUUCGUUUCGCAGGGCCUUCCAUUGGAUCCUGACAUGUUCACGACUGGGGACACACCUCAUGGGUGUGGCCAUGUACCACGGUCAGUGUACAAUGGCAUCCGCACUACUAGCGGAGACUUUGUCACGAAUGGGUACCAUCGCAACAAUGUUACGAUCAUGACAAACACCACUGUGGACAAGAUACUCUUCAAGAAGACCCCAAGUGGGCCCAAAGCGGGCGGUGUCUCGGUGGUAACAGCAAAUGGGCCACGGGCACUACAUGCCAAGAGGGAGAUAAUCAUCAGCAGUGGAUCUUAUUGCAGCCCUACAAUUCUGAUGAGGUCUGGGCUAGGUCCGAAGGAAGAAUUGCAGAAACACAACAUUGAAUGUUUGGUCAACCUCCCGGGCGUCGGGAAAAACCUCAUGGAUCAUUUGAUCGUUUUCAUGUUCUACGAGACAGAAAAGCCUGGUCUGACGACCGACCACCACGUCUACCACGGCGAUAGUUUUGACAAAACCUACGCGCUUUGGAAGGAGAAAAAGGAGGGGUUCUUGUCAACCUUCCCUUUUGGCUCCUUUGCUUUUGCGCGUCUUGAUGAACGUCUUAAGAAUGAGCCACUGUGGAAAAAUGCGCCACGACAGCCAGGCCGUGAUCCCAUGGGUCUGACACCCAAUCAGCCGAACGUUGAGCUCUUUACUACGGAAUGUUACGGCGGUCCUAAACAGUACGAUCAAUUUCCUAUUGAUCACAAGUACGCAUUCUCAAUCAUCGCCGAAUUGUUCUCGCCUAGGUCUCGCGGUAGUGUGACCUUGAAAUCUAAGGACCCCUUGGAGAAACCUGUAGUGGACUGCAACUACCUCGCAGACCCGCUCGAUCUACUUGUGUUAACUGAAGCCUGUAGAUUCGCAAAUGAGAUCAUUACCAAGGGCGCUGGGACGAAGGACAUCGUGAAAGGCUCUUGGCCUCCUAAUCUGACCCACCACACUUACACGAAGAGAGAAGAGUGGAUACCUUAUGUGAAAGAACAUGCGACAACUUGCUAUCACGCUGGAGGUACCUGCGCAAUGGGCCCAGAUGGCGACACCAACGCUGUUCUCGAUAACAAGUUACGUGUUCGUGGCGUGGCCGGACUCCGUGUGGCAGAUUGUAGUGUCAUGCCAACUCUGAACGGAGGACAUACUCAGAUGCCUGCUUAUGGAAUUGGCGAGAAAUGUGCGGACCUCAUCAAAGAGACGUGGGCAUCCCAGGCCCUCAAUGUAGCGAAGCUCUGAGGUUUCUUACCGUGUUGGUGCCAACAGUGCGGCUUUGAGGAUCGGCAGCCGUCUGGUUCUGGUAAAGCUGCCGUAUAUUUGCUUGGAUAUUUACGUUAUAUAUAUGUCAUGAGCUACGACGCCUUCUUCUGAUUAAGACUUCAAUUACACUUGGUUCCAUGGUUUCGUUC